CAUUAACACUGGUGGCUAUUACCAAGCACCUAUGACCUGCGUGAAAACUUCCGGGUUAAAUUUAGACACGAGGACUGAAGAGGUUGUUUUUGAUUGUGUCAGUUGAAACGCUUAUUAUCAGCAAUUCUUUAGAAGACAGGAGCAACAAAACGAAGAGACUCCACAGAGUGCAGCCAUGACGAGGUGGGCAAGGGCCAACAACAUCCACAAGCACAAACCAGCACAGGCCACUCCGUGGAGUCAGUUUAAAGCAGGUCGCUCUGGUUACCGAGGUCACUCGGGUGACAGUAGUCAGCAUGAUCAAAGAGGUGAUCUGACGAGGACUCUAGCCAGCAGCUCAGCUGUGAGAAAGCCAAAUCAUAAGAAAAAGGACUAUGUCAACGAGGACGUAAACGGUUUUAUGGAGUAUCUCCAGCAGACUGGACAACCACUGCCCAGAACUGACAACAGAGGAAUGAGGCUGGACCGUGAACUGGUGCAGGAGGUGGAAACUGCUUUAAAGAAAGACAGGAGAAGGGAAGACAGAAGAAUUAAGAGACAGACAGACAAGAAGACCAAAAUGAUCUGCUUCAACUGCAGGAAACCAGGCCAUGGUGUGAUGGACUGUCCAGAAGCAGACAACGAUGAAGAGAUGGGCACAGGCAUCUGCUACAGGUGUGGCUCAACAGAACAUGAACUCCACAAGUGUAAAGCUAAAGUUGACCCAGCUCUGGGUGAUUACCCAUAUGCCAAGUGCUUCAUCUGUGGUCAGAGUGGACAUCUGUCACGGUCCUGUCCUGAUAACCCAAAAGGACUUUAUGCACAAGGAGGCUGCUGUCGUGUCUGUGGGUCAGUGGAACAUUUUCAGAAAGACUGUCCAGAGCACCAGGCUGCAACUAACACUGUGACUGUGGGCUGGUUGUCCAACAACAUGAGUGCAGACCAUGAAGAGGUCCAUGUUCCAGUGAAGAAAGCCAAACCCAAGCAGACUAAGGUGGUGACCUUUUGACCUAAGAUGUUGAUUUCACCCACACAAUCACAAAUAUACCAAACCAGGCAGAUAGAUCAAGUACAACUAUUUAUGUAAAAACUGCAUUUUCAAAUAAAGCUUGUAUAUUAGCUGUC